AUGGCUUGCAGUGGUGGAACCCUAGAAGAGCCAGUGUCUCAGAAGAGGCUGGAUGCAAUCCAUCUCGUCAGCUCCACGAAAAUAAAUACUUGGACGAUAUUCUCAACAGAGGGCUGGUCCCUACUUUGUUACAAAGAGAAAGGAGCUGAGGGUCACACUGAGCGGCUAGCUGCUUCAGGGGCAUCGUCAGGUGUCAGCACCAAGGCCGAAGACAUCAAGACCAAAAUCAAGAACUACAAGACCGCUCCGUUUGACAGCCGCUUCCCCAACCAGAACCAGACCAGGAACUGCUGGCAGAACUACCUGGACUUCCACCUCUGCGAGAAGGCGAUGACCGCAAAAGGGGGUGACAUCUCUGUGUGCGAGUGGUACCGGCGUGUGUACAAGUCUCUCUGCCCCAUCUCCUGGGUCUCCGCCUGGGACGAACGCCGAGCCAAAGGCACGUUUCCUGGGAAGAUCUGAACUGGCCCCACCCACUCCUGUACCUCCGCCCCGCUCCCAGGGUGGGAAAGGGGGACCUGCCCUGGGACCCUGAAUCAUGACUGAGCUAAUAAUAAAAACUCACUAGCGA